GUUUUUGAGAAGAGCAAUAAAAAGCAAACAAAACCACAAACAUGCAUCCGGUUCAGCACAUGGGACCAGUUUGUUCCCUGAAAGUAUUUUCAAAUAAAUGGCUGUUCAGUGGAGAAGGCCCAAGUUUAAAAAUAUAUGAUUACGUUACAGGUGAAAAACUUUUUGAAAGAAUAAUCUUCAAAAGAAAUAAGAUUCAUGGAAUAGAAUAUAUCGAUUCCAAUGUAGAUGGUAAAGUUGAAUCCGAUGUUAAAAUAGUUGUUUGGGGAGGAAGAUCCCUCAGCAUUCUCACCCUUGCUCAAUUAAAAAAUCCAAAUUUUGAAAUUCCACAUCAAGGAGUUGGUGACUGGAUUUUCCAUUGCAUCUUUAAGGAUCAACAUACUUUGCACAUUCUUAACUCACACAACAUAGUGCAUACCAUUUCCACUGAAAAUGAGAAACCUCAGCUUUUGUCGUCUAAAAGUUGCGACUGGAAAUCCAUUCUUUAUUCCGGAACGCUCCACAAAAAUACAGAGACAGGUAAAGUGACGGUUUUAGCAGGAACCGUUAUGAAUGGUAUUUUAAUUUGGGACUUGAAAAGUGGAGAAGUUCAGAAUAAUUUAACACAGCAUGAAGGAUCAGUAUAUUGUGUUGUCUCUUCACCAGAUGGAAAGUACGUCGUGAGUUGUUCUGAUGAUAGAUCAAUCAAGGUAUGGAAUAAAAAAACAGGAAAGUUGCUAGCCAAUGGGUGGGGACAUGGCUCACGUAUCUGGGGAUUAUCAGUCUACAAUGUUACCGAUUCUGGCUUCAAUAUUUUUAGCUCUAGCGAAGAUUGCACUUCACGUAUAUGGACUUUCAAUUACUCUGGAAGUGACGAGCUAACACAAGAUAAAAUCAUACUAGGUCACACAGGUAGGCAUGUCUGGAGCGUUGCUGUGGACGAUCAAAACAAGAUCGGUUUCACGGGAGGUGCUGAUGGUAAGAUCCUUGUGACAGAUUUAGCAACUGAUAAGAGGGAGGGUUUUUGGGGUCACAAAUGGGAGCUAAAAGAUGUAUCCUGCGAAACUGGAUACAACUUUAUCAAGGGUGAACUUAUAAAAGAGUAUGUUGAUUUUGGACAUGGUCUUCUAGCAGUAACCUCAGGGGGUAAGCUUAUGAUUUUGAAGCAUUAUAAGAAAUGGUUGCCUUUAUUCGAAGAUUCGAAAUUUAAAAGAUCCUGUCUUUUGAAAGCUUUCAAAGAAGAUCCUAUAGCUGUCAUUGGAAACAAGCAUGGUGAUGUAAUUAUUAUGAAAUUUAAUGAGAAUUGCGAGCUUGUGCUGAAAAAUGAAUUAAAGCUGGAACAACAUUUCAGUAGAUUGGGCAAUAUUUUGAUUAACCAGCAUAAUAAUAAAUUGUUUGUGCUUUUCGAAUCUCCGAACCCUAAAGAUUGCAUUGUUUACAGUGAGAUUGAUAGAGAAAGCCUAACUGUCAUGUCUGACAAGUUAUUGCGCAAACCAAUUGAUAAAAUUAUACUGAGUUCUGUUGCAUACGAUACUCAACGAGACUAUCUUUUCAUUGGUUGCAGGUUUGCAACUUUACUUGUCUACUCCAUGUCGGACAAUCAAAACGAACCAAUCGCAAUAUUCAAGAAUUUUUUUAAAGGGGAUACAAUAUCUUCCAUAGAGCCACUUAACGAAUCACAAGAAUGUACACUAUAUUUGACGGACAGGGAUGGGUCAUACCAUUUGAUUAAAAUCAAUGAGGAGCUAGAGUACGAGUUUUUGCAAAGUAGUAGAAUUCAGAAAGGUUUCUUAGAGGGUAUUAUUCGGCUUUCUAAUGGCGAUACUAUAUUUUACGGUUUCAAGUCUGACAGUUUUUUUGCUUGGAAUGAAACAAAACAGUAUGAGAUUAUGCGUGAAAUAUGUGGUGGUCCUCAUAGACGUUGGAUGUUCAAGCACUGGAUUGACAAAACGAGUAAGAAUCUGAAGUAUAGGUUCGUUUAUACCAGAGCCUCAGAAGUUCAAAUUAUUGAAAUUGGGGACUCAUAUGCUGUUGAACUAUUAGCAGCAGGAUUACAUGGGAGAGAGAUCAGAGACAUAUGUUGGAUUGAUGCUGUCAACGAUAAAAAUGAAAAGGUCGUGAUAACCGGUGCCGAAGACACAACAUUGAAGAUUGGAACAUUGAAGAGCAAUGGAGAAUAUACAUUACAUUGGACAUAUAGAGAGCAUGUUGCUGGAUUACAGUCAAUUCACCCAGUCAAUAGCGAAUAUAUAAUGUCUUCGUCAGCAUUAGAAGAGCUAUUUCUCUGGAAAAUUACCAAAGCUGAUGGCAAAAAAUGCAUGGCAUUACACGGAUCACUCCCUCCAAGUGAAGAAAACCCAGAUUUGAGAAUAAUGAAUUUUGAUACAAUCGAAAUAGUUGACUCUGAAAAAAAUCUUGUAGGAUUUUUGCUUGUUUCAGCCUACUCGAAUUCUGCUAUUAAAGUAUUCCAAUAUACGUACUCUACCAAAAAGUUCACACUUUUGAUUGAUGACUACUACAUGAAGUGUUGCAUUUUCCAUGCUAAGUUUCUCUCGCUGAAUGGAAAGCUUUACAUCCUAAUCGGAUCAACCAAUGGACAUAUUACACUAUACAAUGUUCAGACCAACAUUGAAGACAGAUACAUUACACUUGACGUAGAAGUAUGUGGAAAGGUCCGUCUGCAAGAAAAAACACCAACAGCUGAUCCGAAACCUUCGAAAUUGGGUAAGUGGACCAUCAACCAACAGAUGCAUCAAUCCUCGAUCAAGGCGCUCGAGCUGAUACAGGUGUCCCCCGAUAAGGUAACCGUUCUUACAGGAGGUGAUGAUAACGCAUUAAUAGUAAGCAAGCUCCAGAGUGUGGAAGGUACCGAGGUAGUUACCGUUGAUGUUAAAUCGUUCAAUCCUUCAGCUGCAUCCUCAACGAUUACUACAAUCAAGGCUGUUGAUCAGAAUACAGUGCUAGUUGGGGCUGUAGACCAGAGCUUGAGACUCUGGGACAUUCGCUCUGAUUUAAAACUUGUUGAAGACAACUACACAACUGUCGCUGACACCGGUUGUGCUGAAAUUGUUGACUUUGGUGAUGAUAAGAAGCUUGCUUUAGUUGGCGGAUCCGGGUUUUCCAUAAUCAAAAUUUGAGUAUUUACUCUUUCCACAUAGAUAAACCCCCAACCCCCAAACCUUGUAGAUUUUAGACAUGUUUAUAACUAAAAGUAGAAUUACCAGACUCUUUUCACACAUUUCGGCUUCGAAGCACAAUGCCAGGUGAUUAAGCUGUGGUGAAAUGAACCUCGGAAGAGAUCAGAAAGACUCAAAAUUGUGAGUGUAGUAUUAAGUGUAAAUAUACAAAUAGAAUAUAUACCAAAGAAGUGAAAUUCAGGGAAAU